AUGACGCUGCAAUCCAUUGUCACGAAUCGCUAUGACGGCCGACAAGACGCCCGCGGCAUGGCCGUUCCGUAUCCUCAACCCGCAUCUCCGACCCUGACCAACCCGGACAUGAUCCUGCCCGACUACGAUGAGCCCAACACGUAUCACACCCAGGCGAUGACGGGCCCGUCGCUGUGGAAUAGCGGACACCACAUCGAAGACGGAUUCCAGUUCACGCAAGACUUCUACGCCAAUCCCAACCCUCUGACAACGCCCAUCAUCUACGGCAAUGGAACCAUGCUUUCAGACAUUGGCGAGGUCACCGAGGUGGAGAGCGUCGUUGGGCCGAUUCCCUCGCGCAAGGCAUCCCAGGGCUCGAAUCACAGCUCCGGCGAUGAAGGCCCUUUUCGAGCAUCGCUGGCUGCGGGAAAGCGAUUUAUCCAGCAGCGACACCAGCAGCAACACCAGCAGCAACACCAGCGCCAGCAGCAAAGCGAUCGCGAGCGCAGAAUGUCCACCGACUCAACCAGCACAAUCGGCCCAAAUGACGGCGGCGCCUUUAUCGAUUUCGACGACUCCGCGAGCGUGGGCGAAGACAGCAUCUUCCAGGGCGACGACGAGGAAAGCAUGGCGUCCGAGUACGUGGAAGGAACAGCCGCCUCACACCACUUGCGCGCCUACGACCCGACGCCCGUGAGGAGACUGAGUGAUGAUGGGAAUGCUCUUAGCAAGCGAGCGGAGAUGAUUCUCGCCAAUGCUAAGGCGAGACUAACUCAUAUGGAGGACAACCUUACCCGAGCCAGAACUUUUAGCUAUUCAUCUGUAUCUGACGGUUCAACACCAUCGCCUACUAUGGGAAGGGCUGCUUCAGCGCUCCGCAGGCCGGAUGUAACAUCAGCUGCGACGAAUCUAGCGAAAGCAGUAAACGAGAAUGGUGCAAUAUCUGGGUCUUAUGGAACAUCAAAGGUGCCGGGCUAUACACAGCGUUCCGCUAGCGCUCUUGGUUCUGCUGGUGGUUAUCGGCGGCCUUUGCCUCAAUCCAGAAGUAUGGACGGCCUGGGGACCAGCGCUUCAGCUCAAGGCGCUCAUGGGCAUUUCAGCUACUAUCAAUCAGACGCUACUCUAGACGCUCUGACUGGGAAUGGAGGGCAGCGAAAUGGAUCACGAACAACCACCUCAGCGAGCCCCACGCCGGGAGCCUUUUCUGAGCUCGGGUUGACUCGAUCUGCCUCUGCAUCGCAGAUGCGCGACCUGCAGGACCAGCUGAAAGGCCUAAAGGGAAAGAUUUCUACGCUGAAAGAGCAAGCACGUGCGGACAGCAUGAAGCGACGCAGUCUUCAAAGCCUUCGUAUGCCUAGUCCGUUUACCAACGCUACCUGGGACCCGAACUCUGCGGAUGCGCGUGGCUUCUACAGCAGCGGGGAAGAUACACCAACGACAGCAGAGCAUGUUGACGGAAACUUGAGCAAUAGCGAUAACGACCAUGCACGAAAACAGCCCGAGUACAUAGCCGAGCCUAUCGAGGAAGUGGAGGAGGAAGAAGAGGAGCAAGAGCGAUUUCAAGAGCAGCACAAGGAGCACAUUGAGGAGCAAAUCGAGAAGCAGUACGAGGAGCAACACCAAGAAGAGUAUCAGGAACCAUAUCAGGAGUUGUAUCAGGAGCAAGAGGAGCAAGAGGAGGACAGUGGGGAGGGAGAGGGAGGUGAGCAGGGAGUUAGAGUGGUAAGCGAAUACCCUCAAACCCCAGAGCCAGAUGAGCUUUUCUCGGAAGUCGAAACCCCCAAGAUUCGGGCAAUGGCCAGCACAUUGAAACUGGACCAACAACAGGCAAUCAGUGGCCACCGGAGCGCGUCACCAGCAGAGAGUGUCGCUACCGAGUACACGGAGGUGGAGUCGAGCCCCGAGGCUGCUCACGACGGCUAUGCGAGCGAAGGCGAGGAGUCGCUGUAUCACGAGUCUUUCCAGCAGCCCAUCUCUCACGAAGACCGCGAAGAUGCCUUUGAUUACGAGCACUUCUUUUUGCACUCUGCCAUGAGCACCAUGGCGGCCCAGCGACUGCGCUCAGAAAGUGUGAGCUCUGCAGAGUCGGCAGAGUCGGCACAGUCGACAGACUCGGUGGAAACAACUCGCCCAGCAAUGCCGCACAGGCGGAGCAGCAGUGCGGAUACGACAGCAUCUGUGGACACGUUUGCAACGGCAGCUGAGGGACUGGACAGUCGUAGUGCAACGGCCCAGGGUGGGUUCAGAGUCUACACGGCGGCCGACUUGUUUGAAGAUGCUCGGCGAAGACACGCCCAUUCGUUUAGACACUCUUCGGUGAGCAGCAGCGACGAGACUGCUUCUACGCUUGGGACACAUCAAAGGAGCAGCACGAUGACGACGCCUCGGCCAACAAGCAACAGCUCCGUCAACUCUAUGCACCGACCGUCGCAUUCGUCUUUUGAGUCUAUCGGAACGAACCGGAGCUUCCCACUAAUCAGCAAGGCCAAGCUCAACGGUGGUAUCCUGACGCCUGGCGGCUCUCCUGACCAAGGGCUGAAGAAUAAGAUUAGAGACUCGCUCUUGACCGAGACGUCUAGCAUUUACAGCCAAACCAGCAGCAAUGACCGAGGCGCACAAUCGCCUGCACUGCAAGUCCUGUCCAAGGAUGUCCAGGUGACUGUUGAGAAACUGGUCGCAAGCAUCGGCAAGUGCGUUUUGGCACUGGGCGAGCCCGAUGGAGCCAAUCCAGGAGGCCAUGAAUUGUAUAAACGCAGGAUCGAGAUGGCUCUUCGCGUUCUUAACGGAGAAGCUGAUAUCCCUUGA